AUGUGUGAAUGGAACGUCUAUCUCUUCAAAUGCAACUGCGCCACCUUGGGCCUCAAGAGAUUCUGUCACCAACACCGUCCUAAGCAGACCGCCAACUGCAACGAAAUUCAGCUAGUCCGUGAGGAAUGGAUGCACCUCCAGGACCGAGUAUGCCACCAGCAUAUAGGACUCGAGGAAUUUUAUGCCAACGGGCCGACUGUUCAGUGGAGGGAUAUUGAGUCGAGAGUUUAUCAGCUGGCCAAGGAUCAUGCUGCGAGAGGGGAUUUCCCUGGGAAACCUGAGUAG